AUGGCGCUCCCUCCUCCCUUGCUCCCGCGCUCUUCCUGUAUUUGCAGAGGCGUCACCAAAGUCACCCCAUACAAAUCCGUGGAAAAUAUACCGGAUGCCUCCACCGCCCCCUCCGCCACAGCGCAGCACUCGCUGCUUCGCGCCCAUACUCGCGCCGGCCGAAUGCAGCCCGCGCGGCAGGUGUUCGAGGCAAUGCCGCCGCGGGACAGGUCCCUCGUCGCUUGGACUGCUAUCAUGUCCGGGUACGCCACCCACGGCCCCGCCUCCGAGGCGCUGGUCCUGCUCCUGCGCAUGAUGGAGCGGUCACUGAGGCCGGACGGGUUCGUCUUCUCAGUCGUGCUGCGCGCCUGCGCGGCAGUCGGGAACCUCAGAUUUGGAAGGCAGGUCCACUGCGCCGCUGCGAAGAUGGGCUACGUAGAUUCUGACCUCUUUGUGGCAAACGGCCUCCUUACCAUGUACGCGAGCUGCCAGUCGCUGGGUUGCGCUGAGAAGGUGUUCGAUGGCAUUGCCGCACCUGAUUUGGUCUCUUGGACCUCCAUGCUCAGCGGCUACACUGAGAAUGGCUGCCAUACCGAGGCGCUAAUGUUGUUCGUGGAAAUGAUCCAUGCCAGUAUUGGCUGUGACGCGUUCACUCUGUCAGUUGCACUCAGGGCAGCUUCUAGUUUGGCCAAUCGAAGUUUGGGACACCAGCUGCAUUGCUGCAUCAUCAAGUCAGGAUUCUCUAAAAGCGGGUUCUUGGAGAACUGCCUGAUUGAGUUCUAUGGGAAGUCCAGGGAACUACAGCUGAUGCAGAAGGUGUUUGAUGAUAUGCAUGACAAGGAUUUGGUUUCUUCCAAUAGCAUCAUCCAGUGCUAUGCAGAUAACAUGUGUGAUGAUCAGGCUUUGUCUCACUUCCGUGCUAUGAUGUUUGAAUGCUCGGAAUGCGAUGAGUUUACAUUGGGUAGCAUUUUGCAUGUUGUCACCAGAAGAGGAGCUUUUGGUUAUGGAAGGGAAAUACAUGGCUACCUCAUUAGAGCAGGCCUAGACUCAGAUAAGCAUGUUAUGAGUGCUCUGAUGGAUAUGUAUGUCAAUUGGGCUACUCUUCAUAAGGGACAAUGUAUGCUACCUUUGAGAAUGCUAAGAUACUAUUUGCUGGUCCAGGGAAAGCUGGAUCACUUUAUUGUGGCCACUAGUUUGAGGUUGUGCGCUUUUGAUCAAGAUUUAGCAACAGGAAGGAUGUUACACGCCUAUGUUUUGAAGUUCAACAUGAAUUCAGAUCCCUUUGUCACUAGUUCUCUGGUCGACAUGUAUGCUAAAUGCGGUUCUGUGGAUGAAUCACAUGUUCUCUUUUCAAGAACCAAGGAUCCAGGGACAGCCGCAUGGACUGCGGUAAUCUCAGGCAACUGUUUGAACGGUCAAUUUGAAAGAGCAAUGCAUUUGUUCAGGAGGAUGCAGUUGGAGCUUGUGCAACCUAACGAGUUCACUUAUACCUCUGUACUUACAGCAUGUGUGGCUCUUGGGGAUGUUGUAGGUGGCAUGGAGAUCCAGGGCAACUCCAUCAGAACUGGUUAUGGAACCAAUGCUUCUGUUGUGAAAAGUCUUAUAAGCUUUUACUUAAGAGAAGGGCAGUUCAAGCAGGCCCUUAAGCUUUGCUUAUCACUCUCAAACCGUGAGAUUUCUUGGGAAGCACUGGUUAAAGAUUUUGCUCAAGGUGGUGAUCACGUUGGAGUACUUAAUCUUUUGUGUGUUAUCCAACGUUCUGGUGGGGUUCUUGAUUAUCCAACUGCAUUACACAUCUUGAAUUCUUGUGGAAAAUUGGAACUCCUUCAUGAAGGGCUUCAAGCACAUGCCUACCUUACAAAGCGUGGCCUUGCUUCUGAACCAUGCAUCAGCAAUCACCUUAUUGACAUGUACUCCAAUUGCGGCAGUCUCAAAAAUGCAUUGGAUGCCUUCAGAUAUAUGUCUGACAAGAGUGCAUCUACUUGGACCUCAAUAAUCAUAGCUCAUCUAGAAAAUGGCUGUCCAGAGACAGCCAUUGACUUGUUUGUGCAGAUGUUAAGAAGAGAGAAAAUACCAACUUCGAUUGCAUUCUUAUCUGUGCUGAAGGCCUGUGCAGAAAUCGGCCUUGUAAGUGAAGCCUUCCAGUUCUUUGUGUCCAUGACCGAGGUCUACAAAAUAGAACCUUCAGAAGGUCAUUACAAGCAUAUGAUUGAGGUUUUGGGUCAUUCUGGUAUGUUCAAGGAAGCAGAGCAUUUCAUUGAUAGUGUGGUCCCUUCGGAAUCUAGUGCUUCAGCCUGGAUUUUACUUUGUUCUGCUGCCAAACAAAAUGGAAACACCAAAACCAUGAAGCUUGCAAUGGACAAACUCGCAAGCCUUGCUCCAUGUGAUUGUCGAGCAAAUGCUUCACUGGGAAAUGUCAUCCCCAUCACUGACUAG